AAGACAAAAUGGCGAAAUAGAAUCUCUGAGAAGAUUGAGUUAGUCCUCUACAAAACCACAAAAUGCCGUCCUUAUAAGCCACUUAACAACAAUAAAACCCGGCUCUAAGCCAACACCAAUCGACAUUGCUGAAUAUCAGAACCUUUGGGGGCCAAAAUGAUUAGAAGAGCGAUGUUUUGGCUUGUUUUAGUGUCACUUUUGGUGGCAAUGUCUAGUUCUGAGUCUUCAGCAAUGUCAUUUGAAGAAAAGAUCAAAAUGAGAGACCAAGUAAAGGAGAUGUUCCGUCAUGCUUAUGGCUCGUACAUGAAAUAUGCCUACCCAGCAGAUGAACUGAUGCCAUUAAGCUGUAAGGGACGGGUCCGAGGUGUAGAUCCAAGUAGAGGAGAUGUAGAUGAUGCAUUAGGAAAAUUUUCUUUAACUCUUGUGGAUACCUUAGAUACAUUAGCUGUUUUUGGUGAUAUAGAGGAAUUUGAAAGGGCUACAAAACUAGUAAUAAAACAUGUAAAGUUUGACAGUGAUCUUGUGGUGUCAGUGUUUGAGACUAAUAUAAGAAUGGUUGGGGGUCUACUGGGUGGACAUGUAGCAGCUGUGGCUUUAAAGAGGGAUGGGAAAGGAAUGACAUGGUAUAAUAGAGAGCUUCUUGACAUGGCUACAGAAAUUGCAACAAGAUUACUACCAGCAUUCAAUACUUCUACAGGAAUCCCAUAUCCUAAAGUCAACUUAAAGUAUGGUAUUCACCACCCUGAAUCAGGCACAGGGAGUGAGUCUGAUACAUGUACGGCAUGCGCAGGAACUAUGAUCAUGGAGUUUGGUGCUCUGUCCAGGUUGACUGGUGACCCAAUAUUUGAGGAAAAGGCCAGUAGAGCUAUGGAAUCCCUGUGGAGGUUUAGAAGUCGAUCAUCUGAUCUUGUUGGCACAGUGAUUAACAUUCAUAAUGGAGACUGGGUUAGAAGAGAUAGUGGUGUUGGUGCAGGCAUUGACUCAUACUAUGAAUAUUGCUUGAAGGCUUACAUUUUACUUGGUAAUGUAACCUACCUAGAAAGAUUUAACAAGCAUUACAAGUCCAUAAUGCAGUAUAUAAACCAAGGAGCCAUGUUUCUUAGCGUCCAAAUGAACCAACCAGAAAGAACCUCCCAUGCUUACAUGGAUGCGUUACAGGCUUUUUGGCCAGGUUUGCAAGUUCUGAAAGGAGAUCUUAAGAAAGCCAUAGAAAUGCAUCAUAUGUUGUACGAAGUAGCCAAGAAACACACUUUUCUACCUGAGGCAUUUACUACAGACUUUGAGGUUCACUGGGGUGAACAUCCUCUUCGCCCAGAAUUAGUUGAAAGUACUUUCUUUUUAUAUGAGGCAACAGGGGAUCCAUACUACCUAGACGUUGGUAAAAAUAUUGUAGACAAGAUCAAUGAACAUGCUAGAGUACCUUGUGGAUUUGCUGCUCUGAAGGACGUCAGAACACUCUCACAUGAAGACAGAAUGGAUUCCUUUGUUCUAGCUGAGACAUUCAAAUACCUUUUUCUACUGUUUUCUGAGAAAGAAGACACACCGUUACACAUGAAUGAGUUUAUCUUCACUACAGAAGCUCAUCUCUUACCCUUAAGCCUGUCAAGAAUUCAAGCAAACAAAACAGCUUACCAGGAAUUACGUUAUAAUGUGACACUAAAUGAAGAAAAUGAACAUGAUUUUUCUUGUCCCAACACUGGAAACUCUGGUGACAAAGUCAAGUAUGCCGAGAGCAUAAGAGAUCAAGUGUUACUCAAAUCCCAAUCUCAAAAUUGUCCAACAAAGAAAACCUUUGCCUUCUCCUCCAACAAACCUCCCCGUCUCCGUGCUGAGCAGUUUGUUCCUGGCAAUGAAGAACACCUGGAAAUUCUAAAAUCCAUGGGGAUUACUGUAGCACAAACCAAAGAAGGGAGAAUCCAGUUAAUGCACUCUGCGUCAAAUGCCUACUCCAAGACUGAUGCAGAAGAUGGCAUCAAGUUUAUGCAAGAAAUGAUUGAGUUAGCAAAGCAGCGCAAUGACGAUGGAGGUGCCAGUGCAAACCCACGUGUCGUACAGCUCAUGUCCCCUCCAUAUAAAGGAAGUAUAGUGUUGAACGCUGGGCCUGCACAGUUUGGUCUUGACUUAUCCAAAGGAAAUGUGGGGGUUGGUGCUGAAGUUGUUCUAGCCGACCCAAUCAAGGGCUGUACAAGCCUUAAGAAUGAAGAAAGUGUAAAACACAGAAUUGCAAUCAUGGAAAGAGGAGAUUGCAUGUUCAUAGACAAGGUUCGUAUGGCAGAGAAGGCAGGAGCUGUAGCAGUGAUUAUUAUUGACAAUAAUGAUGGCAGCUCAAGUGAUACUCAGCCCAUCUUUGCCAUGGCUGGUGAUGGCACCAGCAAUGAUGUGAAGAUUCCUGCAGUCCUUCUCUUUCACCAGGAAGGAAUGAUUCUCAAAAGAGCCAUCUCAUUCCUGGAAGAUAAACAACAAACCCUUAAAGUCAGGCUGGCAUCUAAAGCUGAUGGUGCAGCUCCAAAGAAAAGUUCUUCAGAUGAAGGGGAAAGACCAGGUGUACCCGUAGAAAAAGAUAUUAUAGAUGAAUCAACCCAUCAAGGCAAAACCAAACCAGAUGACAAUCAACAAGGACAACAAAAAACUGCAGAUCUAACCCAGGAAGAUAAAGAACUAAUGGAUGUGAUUCAAAAUAUGAAAAUAUCGGUGGCAGAAUUAGAAAAACACUCACAGGUUUUGACCAAAGAAAUGCUUAUGAAACUUCAACAUAAACUACUGAAGAUAAAAAGAGGUGGUGGCAAUAAGGAUAUAAAUGGAUAUUAUGAAGAACUCAAAUCUAAAUUAAUAACACUGAAAGAUAAUGAAGUAUUGUGUGCAGCCACAGGCAAGGCUUGCAGCAAGGAAGAGACUGUUAAAAAUACCGGUGGAUCUACUGAUGAUACCACACAACAAAUAUAUGAGAACUUAAAUCAUAAAAAUAUUGAACAAACGACAGAUAAAGAACAAGAAACUAUGAGUAAAUUGGAACCAGAAAGUAUAUCUCAAAGAACAGGCUCAGAUCAUACAGCUGAUUAAUUUAAUGUUUUUAAAAAGUUCAUCUUUGGUUAUUGUUCAUGGUGCAAGGAAUAUCGUCGAACUUGUGACGAUUCUGAGUGACAGGAAUCCAAGAUAUGCUCCUGGAAAAAAUGAAUAUUAUACUUUUAAUAGAAAAUUCUCAAAAUGGAAAACAUUUCCACAGAAAGGAUCCAAGAUUAAUUAGCAAGUGGAGAAUUUCCAGAAAAUGAAUUUUUCCCUAUACGUAUAUUAUGAUGUCCAUAGCAAACUGAAAAACAACUUAUUCUUAUUUAGGACAAGAAAGUUCAAAAUUAAAAAUUAAAAUAUAUUUAUAUUUUUAAUGACAUACUUUAUGAGAAGUAAGGUAAUUUUGGUUCCCAUUCAAGAAGUCUGUGGAAUGCAGUUUGACAUCAACAUGAAUGUGGUGAAAAUCCUACUCAGUCUUAUAUUCCCAGCUUGAAAGUGAUUGCCACUCAACAGACAAUGCCCAGGCAAAAUUGGAAAUCUGCAAGCCAAACCCGUCUUUGGCUGGUCCUUUUGACUGGUCACAUUGAUCAGAACAGUGUGGCCAGGGACAUUGUGUUUGGCCAUUGAGUAAACAUGUUUUAGACCUGCAUUUAUUAGAAAACCGCCAUCGUGAAAUAUAGCCGUGCCUUUGUAUCAAAGGGAUUCAAACUGUGAGCUUGCAAUGAUAGAGACGUGAAUAAUUGUGUCCAAGGUGUUAAAGAAAGUUCUCUAUCAUUGCAAGCUCAUCGUUCAUAUUGCUUUGAUGCAAAGGAAUGGCUACCUUUCAAGAUGGUGCAGUGAACUGUGAAAGGGACUAUUAGCUUUUGAAAAUGUAAUUGGAUUCUGUCCCUGGGCCUGUGGUAACACACACAGACUUGAUGCAAUAGCCCACUUCAAGAUAUGCUUAACUUGUCACACAAAGGUUUCAGUACCAGGCUAUGUGCUAAAUUAAAUCAUUCUUUUCUCCUGUACCCUUAUCCUCACAUUAUCUUGCAAGUGGGUUAUUCCUUGUAAUGCAAUCUUUGCAGAAACUUUGCAGAAAAUUCUAGUUUCAUUGCAAUACUCAUUGCACUCCAUCUUGAACUGACGCAAUGAAAUGCGAUCAUUUGCAGAAAUUUUGCAGUGGUCAGACAUGCUCAUGUUACAAGUUCCAUUGCUAUACUCAUUGCAACCUAUUUUGAAAUGUCAUGAAUAAAAUAAAGCAAUAAUAGACCGUUUUCUCAAGGUUGUGUGCGAAACCAAAUUUAAGCAACUUGAUGGGCCACGAUACCAGAACAGGAGCUUUAUAAUGACAAUUAUCAUACAUUUCUAUGAUUUUUUUUCGAUAAGAAUUCAUAAAAUCGAUUAUUCUCCUCUUUAAAUAUAAAACUGGCUUCUCAAUUUUACUGAAUUUGCAUUUUUCAAUUUUGUGGCCCGUCAAGUUGGAUGAGAACGCAACCUUGAGAAAACGGUCUAUUGCAGAAACUUUGCCUAUUGAUCCGACAUGCUCAUGUUGCAAGUUUCAUUUACCUUCAUUGCUAUACUCGUUGCAACCUAUUUUGAAUAAAUGCAAUUGCAGAAACUUGCACAUUAGUCAGA